AUGCAGCGGGCGAUUUUGGCACGGGAGACGCACAAGAAUAGUGUGGAAGUGUGGUACCGAAACAGGGUCGAUGAGGACCGAGAUGGACCUGCCAUACCCGGAGAUUCCUGUCCGGCCGCUCCCGCCAAAAACGAUGUCUAUGUGCCUCAUGCUGCCUGCGAAGAAAGUAUGAGCUUCGGGCACCAGCUCGCUAGGGGCGAGUAUGUGUGGACUCUUCAUCAGUUUUCCUGGCUGCCAACAGUGCUUACGCAGCGUGAGCUAGGGUACUUGGAGUCCUCACACUUCCAAGUGGGCAAGUUCACCUUUGAGUUUGUUUACAAUCCUCAUCAUGGUGCUCUCACGCCGUCCAUGACAACAGGUCAGUGCGGCUCCCUUGCCAUAGCACCCUACGAGUCCUCCGAGAUAGCCUUGCGGUACGCCAUCUUCAUCAAGAAGCGCGGAGGCGACUUCGUGCAAUGGGGAAAGACGUGUUUCGAAGUCCAUGACGGUUCCGAGAAGGCCUAUGGCCCCGACGUGCACCAUGAAGGGAAGGCACCGGCUACAGUGGGCAUCUUCGGCCUAACGCACGAAGAGCUCCUGGAAUCAGAAUGGGUUGAGAACGACACGUUGACGGUGAAGUUUGUCUUGGAAGUGCGUCCAGACGAGCACUUCAUGUCCCAGCUGCUCCGUCCCACCGCGGAGGUUCCGGGUCCCACAUUGAAUCGCGACAUGCAAGCCUUGUUCGAGGACGGCAUCUGCAGCGACGUGCAGUUCAAGGUGGAGGAGGAGAUGAUCCCGGCACACUCACAUGUCCUCUUCGCCAGAUCGGAAGUUUUCAGGAAGGAGCUGACCGGCGGCAUGCAGGAAUCGGCAUCGAAAGUGGUCUCGAUUGAGGAUUGCGAUGUGGCUACCUUCAAGGCCUUCCUGCGGUUCCUUUACACCGACUGCCUCCCCACCGUUGCGGAGCUGUCUGGCGGAAAUGGAGAGGCGAAAGCAGCCGAGCCAGACCUAUCCCGGGUGCAGGCGUUGCUGGCUGUCAGUCACAAGUAUCAGACUACGAGGCUUCAGCUGUGGUGUGAGAAUCAGCUUUGUCAGGGGCUGAAGAUUGCGGAGGUCUGCAGCAUCCUGGAGCAAGCGAAUCUGCUCGACGCGCAGCAGCUUGUAAAGGCUUGCCUCUCCUUCAUCAAGGACCAUCUGACCGAGGUCUUUAAGCUCCCGGACUACAUUGAGCUGGCGAAGAGGUGGCCGGACGUCGGGAUGAAGAUUAGCCUCGUCUCUGCAGGAGUGCCCGAAGCCAAGGCGGACGAAGUG